AAGAAAGUUAACCGUUCGCGUCAUCGUUUGUUCCAGAUACCUCAAGACAGCAACGGGGCGGGAAUUCGAUACGAGCACUAUGCACCUGCAGCCGAGGUUCGAGGCGCGUGUCAAGAAACGGUAGAGGAAGCCCCCCGCGAUCCGCGACGAAACAAUACGCCGUAGAAAGGUUGACGAGACGGUCGAGCCCAGUCGCGAUCUAAACAAAGGAGGAGGAUUAAGGGGAACCGCCAGGGACACCUAGCCCCACCGACUCUCAAAAAGAUUCUCAACCAGGACGGACAAGGUCUGGAUUCUUCCGCGAUUAGAAAACUCACCCUAGAGACUCGUUACUUUCCUUUUGAGGCGUCAGGGUCAACCCGAGCCAGAGAUCCUUGUUCGAGACGCACCACUGCCUUUCCAAAAGCGAGGAGGAACACGAAGACUAAGGAAGAGGCGAAGGUGUCCGUCGGUUGACAGAGCGAGGAGAGUUUCAACCUCGGCGAGAUUCAUCGGAAGCAAAGGCACCAGAGGGGGGAUCCAGAGAAUCUAAACGGAAGGUCCGUUCGUCCCUGGCCCGGAGGGGUUCAACAGUCAAGGACCAGUCUGUCGGGGCAUCAUCAAAGAAGGCCGACGUGAACAGAGGUGAGCAGAGGACCCGUCACGGUGGCCAGCUUAGUGAGCGGCAACGUAGCGGUGCGUUACGAUGAGGCGACGGGAGUGGUUGGCACGGGGGGUGUCGUGUUGGCAGCCACUUCCAGGUUAGCCGCUGAUCCAGCCGCGCCCAGCAUGGACACCAGCGACUCCAGCAUGGACACGGCCAACGGUGGCUCAGCCGCUGGGGUAGCGAGCGGGGCGGGCGGGACGAUCGCCUCGGUGGUGGCAGGAGCGGCGUCCUUGACGCUGGUCAAGGCCGAGACGCCCGAGCACCUGGCAGGGACGUCCACGACGCCCUCGUCGGUCACGGGACCCGUGACCGCGGCCACCGGCCUAUUCGCCGCCAUCGCCAGCGGCAACAAACCCUCCAGACCGGACGAUUGGUUGUCCACGAAUAGUCCCGGAUCACCUUCCGCCACCUUGCAGAACCAGCACGUGGUGUACACCACCCCUCAGCAACAGCUGAGCGAGUCGCAACAACAGCAACCGCCCCUGGCGCACUCCAGCCCCCUCGCCCACCAGCAACCUGUCACCAACAACGGAUACGCCAGCCCCAUGAGCACCAGCAGCUACGAUCCUUACAGUCCCAACAGUAAGAUAGGUGAGUGACGAUUUUUAUGGAUACUUUCGACCAGGGAGGGGGAAGCCAGCGUUUCUCAGCGGUUCGGGUGAGAUUUGGGGAUGGAAAAUAUUUUUUGGGGCGUGCAGGACUCGAACCGUCGCACAGUGCGGAAUAAGUGGACAAAAUUCAAUAUUAGUAUACAGGGUAUUAUACAGGGUAGGUCCCAAAAAUAGUGAAGUGAAAGGGGUGGUUCGGGAGGUGAUUUGAAACAACUUUCUCCUUAGCGAAAAUUUUGUACGAGGCUUCGUUGAGGAGAUAUUAACGGAAAACGCUGGACCAUUCAGAGCGCGAGUAGGCGGAGGGCGGUCACCUAGCGCGUAGGCCACGCCUACCGCGGGCGCUCCACUGACAUCCUCG